AUGUGUGGCUGUGCGUCUAGUACGGGGACUACAUCAUAUUCUCUAAAUCAUCCAAAGGAUGUUUCUUCAACCAAAGUUUCAAAGAAAACAUCCAAACGCAUUCCAAUUUCCAAGCAGUUGGCUUCUAUAAAGGCACUAGGAAAAAGCUCUGAUCUAGAAAAAGCUGUGGCUACAGCAGCCUUGGUUUAUGAUAAUGCAGCAGAUGCCGAGGGCAAACUCAGCAAAUCUGAAGCUAAAAAGCUGUUCCAAAGUCAAUUUAUGCAUUUUAUACAGGGUCAAGAAACCAAACCAAAGUACCAGGAAAUAAUUUCUGCUCUUGAUGAGAACAAGAAUGACCAAAUUGAUUUUGAGGAUUUCAUGGUCCAUCUGCUUAGCCUUACCUUGAUGUCUGACCUCCGGCAAGAGAUUCAAAAUGUGCGGAAAACUAAGUGA